GCCAGGGCUGGCUGGCGGUGGCUCCCGCCAGGACUGGCCGGGCGUUGCGGGUACCCUGAGCGAGGGGUGCUGGGGGGGCGAAUGGAGUCAGAGAGGGAGCGGGGCUGGGAGCCCCAGGUGGGCACACGGCCGAAAACAUUCCCACGGGGCCAGGAGAAACCGAGCCCUGGAGAGGAGCGGGAGGGCCCCAUGGUGGGCAGAGAGACGCGCCUGAGAGUGGUGCUGAGGGUCCGGCCACUGACCUGCACGGAGACGCAUCGAGGUGACCGGCAGGUUGUGCACAGCCUCAGCGAUGGCACCGUCCAUGUAAGCGCAGCCAGGCACGAUGCCAUCUUCAGGUUCAGCGCCGUGUUCGACGCAGGCGCCUCGCAGGAGGCCGUGUUUGAAGGCAGUGGGAUGCGGCAGCUGGUGGAGCUGGCGAUAGAUGGCUUCUCCUGCACCGUCUUUGCCUUUGGGCAGACCGGCUCAGGGAAGACCUACACCCUGAUGGGACCCCUCGCCCAGAGCAAGACCCAGGCAGUGUCCCCGGCUCUGCUGGGGCUGAUGCAGAGGUCCUUCGCUUGCCUCCUGGAGCGGAGCCGGAGCUGCAGCUCUGACCUGGCUCUCAGUGCCUCCUACCUGGAGAUCUACAAUGAGCAGGUCCGGGACCUGCUGAGCCCAGGGCCACCAUGCGCCCUGCCCCUGAGGUGGAGCAAAACCCAUGGCUUCUACGUGGAGAACCAGCUCAGCGUGGACUUCGAGAGCCUGGAGGCCAUCACUGACCUGCUCCUGCAAGGAUCCCAGAGGAGACGGACCUCGGCACACGCCCUCAACAGGCACUCGAGCCGCAGCCACGCUCUUCUGACCAUCCACGUCCGCAGCCGGGCUCCCAGCGCCUGCCCCAGCAAGCAGGGCACGCUGUGCUUCGUGGACCUGGCCGGCAGCGAGCGGGUGAAGGAGACCGGCUCCAGAGGGGAGCUCUCCGUAGAGGCCAACAACAUCAACCGCAGCCUUCUGGCACUGGGACACUGCAUCUCUCUGUUGGCCAAACCUGGAGGGAAGCGGACGCACAUCCCCUACCGGGACAGCAAGCUCACCCGGCUGCUGGCCCGCUCCCUGGGCGGCUCGGGCAUCACCCUGAUGGUUGCCUGCAUCUCCCCGUCCUCACGCUGCCUCUCAGAGACGCUGAGCACACUGCACUACGCCAGCCGGGCCCGGAGGGUCACCACCAGGCCCCUGGCCAACAGGGUGUCCCGGGAGAAGCUGCUGCAAACCUUGGAGGAAGAAAUCCAGGCCCUGCAGCUGGAAAACCUCUCCCUGCGCCAGCAGCUGUGCCUGCCCAGGGUGCCAGUGGGGAGCACGGAGGUCCCGGGGACCCCCCUGAGAGCUGGGGCAUGGCCAGGCUGGGGAGGCAGGUACGGUCCCUCAGGGCUGUGUCGCUCCGCUCUCGAAGGGCAGCUCCCGUCAGAGGGAGCCCCAGCCUGGCCCAGCCUCUACAGCCUCCUGCGGGACUUCGUGGUGGAGAACGAGCAGCUGAGGCAGCCCCGGCUGUUCCCAGACCCCAGUGGUGACGUCCCAGCUGGCCCAUCCUCCAGAGCCGCCCGUAGCUCCUGUGACAGCCAGCCCCUGCUCCAGAGUGCCCGCACCCCCCGUGCCCCCCCUGGCCACCCUGCGAGGUCCCGGCAGCCUGACGCAACACCCGCCUCUGGCCCCCGGCUGCCGAAGCUGCCUCCCACCUCUGGCCACGCCGGCUGCUUGGGGUGCCCCCAGUGCUGCCCUGGGCCAGCCGAUACCAUCGUGUCCCAGGCGCUGCCAGGGCCCCCCAUGCCACAGCCGGUCCCCGUCGAGGGAAGCACUGGCGUCCUGCUGCCCGGCCAGGACGUGGCUCUGCCCGGCUCCCGUCACCCCCAGCCGCAGCAGGGGAAGCGCAGGAGCCGGGGCAGGAGCAGGAGCUUGUCUCAGCGGUAUCCGCUCCCACGGGAGAGCCGGGAGCUGCCAGGUGCCGAGCGCUGGCCCAGCCCCGAGGGAAGGGUCAUCCCUUCGGCACCACCGUGGCCAGGACUGCUAGAGCCGAGAGGUGAGCAGGGUGACGGGGGGAGGCCAGGCGGUGCCUCAGAUGGGGUCUGUUGGGGUUGGGCACCCAUCCUGAGCCCAGCCGAUCACACAUGGGGCUGUGGACCUGUUCCCGGGGGUGCUGGAGACCUGACCCCGCUGGCUCCCGGCUGGCAGCCGCCGGCACCGUCCCUCUCCUCCAGUGGGAAGAGAUACCGGACUGGCUGGCGGAGCAGAUCUGAGCAGCCACAGCCGCGCCGUGGACGGGGCCAGCAGCCGGGAUCCGGCACAGCCCACACGGUUAUUAGACCUGGGGGGAUGACCACAGCCCCCGGGGGCGUGGUGAUCUCAGACUACAAGGACCAGACGGACCAUGGGACAGAUGGACGGAAGGACAGACGGCUCUCCAGCCUGUACAGCACUCAGUUUAUUUCUGUCUAG